AGAAACCCGCUGAGGUCGCGCAGAAGAUCGUCCAAAGCUUAGCGGACCUCAAGCCAUUCCGUGCACUUGGCCCCCAGUCACGACUGUAGCCGAAGCACCACUCGCCGUCUGCGUCCCACGUAGCAGCAGCCUCUCUAUCUUCAAUAACAAUCCGAGCUGGCGUUUACCACCUUCUCCUCCUCUCGUUCGUGUGUCGUGUUGACUCGACACUUCCAAAUCCUCGCGGAUACACCCCCAAGCAGCCUUCACAACUCAAUUGACCACCACCUCGUCAUGUCCAGAUCGGCCACGCUGUUAUUUGCACAUGGCGGCGGCUUCUGCAAGGACACGUGGGAGCCCAUUGUACGUCGCCUUCGAGACUCGUCGUUGCUGCAGAGCGUGAGUACGCGCUUCGUGAGCUUCGACUUCAAGUAUCACGGCAGCAACCGCGACGAGUCGGUGGCGCCGCAGCUCGACCUCAAGAACCCAAGAGGACCGAGGGUGCACCACCCAGCUGCCGACCUGACUGCGUGGACGUCGGCCGAGGUGCUGCAGCACGCGCGCGCUAUUAAGAACGAGAGUGUCGGCACGCCGUUGAUUGGGAUCGGCCACUCGAUGGGGGCGUCGGCGAUGUGGAACACGGAGGUGCAGCACCCGGGGACCUUCGACGGACUCAUCCUGUUCGAGCCCGUGUGGGGCAAGCUCAACUCUGACGUCGUCACCAACUUCUUGGUGUCGAUCACUCUACAGCGCGAGUCGUCGUGGCCUUCGCGUGCGGCGGCGGCGGAGCAUCUGCGUAAUUUCAAGAACUUUGCGGCGUGGGACCGCGAGUCAUUGGACGCGUAUAUGAAGGGAGCGCUGGUGGAGGACGAAGCAUCGGGGAGGAACGUACUGGCGUGUAGUACGGGCAUUGAGGCCUCGCUCUACUGUCACAAGCUGCUGAAUAUGACGAAUGAGCAGCUCGCGCGGCCCAAGUGCAAGAUUUUCUUCCACUACGGCAGCCGCACGAAGAUGUUCCUGCCCGAGACCUUCGAGGAGCUCAGCAGCAAGUGGCCGCACAUCUACUCGCUGGAGGAACCGAUCGCCAACUCGUCCCACGCGAUGGUGUUGGAAAAACCGGCAGAGUCCGCGAUGAACAUUUUGGGCAACCUGCAGGAGAUGGAACCGUUCUCUAAACAGAAUCAAGGGGAUGUAGCGAACGCCUCGCGACUGUAG